CUUCUACCGUUCACACUUCACAAACGCACCAGGCUGUUCGUUCUUGCUGAGGAGCCGAGCUCUGCUCUCUCGCUACAAAGUACCUGUCCGCAAGACUUCACAUCUGGGUGUUGUCUCUGUUGCCGGAUCGCGUCCCACCCAUGUCGACGUCAGCCCUCGUGCUUCUCGCCCUCAACACCGCUGUUCAAAUGAUUCAAUAACACUCGUAGAAACCCUUUUUUUUUGGUGCGACGUCUUUUCUCUUGAACUCGUCAUCCCUGAAACAGGCCGGCUCUGCGACCAGCAAGCACUCCGGACCUGUACAACUGUACAACGCACGACUCUGACGGCUGGCGCAUCGGUUCCGCAACGCCGCGAACUUCGAAAGCGCGAUGCCGAAUUUGGCGAUCGUCAACUUCAACACAGUAUGUGCCACCCUGGGCGGCUUCAUCGCCGUCUUCGGCCUGGUCUCAUAUCUGUUCAAGGAGAAACUGUACCUGUCUGAAGCGCUCGUUUCGCUGAUCGCGGGAAUAAUAUUCUCGCCUCACGCCACAAAUCUAAUAAGACCACUCGAAUAUGCCUUCAAUGAUCAAGAAACUCUGAACACCAUCACGCUUUACUUUACGCGGCUUGUGCUAGGUGUCCAGUUGGUCAUUGCGGGCGUGCAGCUCCCAUCGCGCUAUCUCCAGUUGGAAUGGAAGUCUCUCGCUCUGCUCCUUGGGCCCGGAAUGGCGGGCAUGUGGAUUUGUACGUCUCUCCUUGUGUGGGCGUUUGUGCCAAACAUUGGAAUUCUUUACGCCCUUGCCGUCGGGGCAUGCGUGACGCCGACGGAUCCUGUUCUCUCAAACUCCAUCGUCAAAGGCAAGUUUGCGGAUAAAAAUAUACCCAAAGAGCUGCAGAAGAUCAUCAUUGCCGAGAGCGGUACGAACGACGGGCUUGGUUAUCCCUUUUUGUUCCUGCCAUUAUACUUGAUCCGCUAUACGCUUCACGGCAAUCACGCUGCCGGCACUGCAAUUGGCAUGUGGUUCUACGAGACCUGGGCGUACGAAAUCAUUCUCGGCGCGCUUUACGGAGCCGUCGUUGGUUGGUUAGCCAAAGAGCUCCUCCAUUGGGCCGAAGAGCGCCACUAUAUUGACCGGGAAAGUUUCCUCGUCUUCGCGAUCGCUCUUGCAUUGUUCAUAAUUGGAACGUGUGGUAUGAUCGGGAGCGACGAUGUCCUGGCGUGCUUCAUCGCAGGCAACACGUUCACGUGGGACGAUUGGUUUCGCCUCGAAACGCAAGAUGAUUCUCUGCAGCCAACAAUCGACAUGUUGUUGAACGUCGCCGUAUUCAUCUGGUUCGGUGCUGUGGCACCGUGGCACGAGUUCGCCCACAACAGCGUCAUUCCGAUCUAUCGUCUGAUCCUGCUUGGUCUUCUGGUGCUGCUGAUACGAAGGCCUCCAGUCGUGUUUGCCAUGCACAAAAAAAUCCACCAAAUCGAGGAGUGGCGACAGGCACUGUUCGUCGGCUUCUUUGGCCCAAUAGGUGUCUCUGCUGUGUUCUACCUAUACGUUAGUCUUGAAUAUCUGCGGACGAGCGUCGAACAACAUGGCCACGAUCCCGAAGACGCGGAGAAGCUGGGUGAAACCAUGAACGUCGUGAUUUGGUUUCUUGUCAUCUGCUCUGUGAUCGUUCACGGGCUUUCAAUUCCGCUUGGGAAACUGGGCUUCUACAUCCCACGCACGUUGUCUCAAGCGCUGUCACAGAGUGAGGACGAACCCUCUUUUCAUGUGCAGCCAGGUUCUGCAGUUGGCUUUCCAAGGCUACAGCGAAUCGGCCGUAGUGCAAUACUUGCAAGAGACUCAAACCCAAACUCCCGCUCAACGUCCAAAAGAGCUUCGCGCCUUAUCGUUUCAAGCAACGGCCAAUCACAGCUGUCGCUGGAGACCGGCAACGUCAAUGAACAACCGAGCGCCGAUUUGACAAAGAAUAUUCAGAAUGCGAACAACGGUUCAGCUGGGAUCAGUGCACAGGGAACUGAGUUUCCAGAUUCUGACCAAAUUACGCCUGUUGCCGAAGUGAACGGUGUGCCUGCUUUGGAUCUCAAGCAAUCUGUCAGAACUAUCCGCUUUCCAGACGAAGUUAAACUUCGCGAAACUCCAAAUGACCCGGCUACACAUAAUGAUGCUGAAAGCAAAUGAGGCGAGCAUCAAUGCUGAAAACAUGUAUGCUAGGCUUGGUUGUUACUCAUUUUAGACUAGAUGGUGGUCUAUCUGGCGUGAGACAUGAACACGCGUAACUUAUAGGCUAGUCCAUAGAAACACAACAAUAGAUAGAACAGAUAGCCAUUUGUGAUCUACACAUCUUGCCAUCGAACAUACGAUCAUCGACGAAAGAGGUGAAGUUGUCGUGAACGCCCCUGAGGACGAGAAUGGCUGCGCCGAUGUUGCCGAUGCAUUUGAGCUCAAUUCCAUGCUGAAAUUAGAACCGG